AUGAGUAUUUGUCCGAAACCUGCGACUCACAGAUACAGCGAUAAGGGCGAGCCCGAAGCCUCCACAGACACGCCAAACACCAAUCCGGCCACAGGAGAUAAGCCGUGGCUGCCGGCCAUCGCCACCUCCUCCUCGGCCGCUGGAGAAAGCUGCGAGAUAAGAGUAAAAAGGGUUCGAGAAGUGGUGACAAGUGUUAUCACCAAAGCCUCUGGCUACUGGGAGACUCGUGAGGUGAUUAGCGGGCUUAGUGCGAAGCGCGGUGCUGCCCCGGGAGGACUUCCGCUGCGCAACGCUCUGCGCCGUUAUCAGAUGUUGAGUUCGCGCGCCGCCGCCUUCAGCGUCAAGGCGCUCCUGACGGCUCCCGGCCAUCAGGAGGCCAAGCAGGACGAAUGCCUCCGCGAAGCCAAGAAUGAGGACGAAGCCGCGUGUCCCCGGGACGAGAGGAAGCCGAGCGAGUCUCCGGCCGAGGUCUCGAGCGCGCAGGACGAGGCUUCGGCAGCGCCUUCGCCAGCGUCCCCGGCAGCGGAGGAGGGGGAGGGUCCGACCGAAGGGGGUGGGGACUGCGCCAUGGAGGAACUGCCUGAAAGGAGGACGCGUAGGGAUGGCGAGGACGACGGGAGAGCUGGCGACGACGAGGACGACGAGGACCUCAUCGUUGACGUGGAAAGCAACAGCCCAUCACCCUCCCCAGCCCCGACGCCUCACUCCCCACAAAGUGCGACUUCAGGGCCCUCUCGCGGGAGCACCUCAGGUAGGGCCUCCGGUUCUCCUGUGAGUGUGAUUUGCCGAACUCCCGGCGCAGACUCGCCCACGCCUUCGCUCCCGGCCCCGGCUUCGGCUUGCGCGCCUGGGGCUUCGCAACAAUAUCGGGACGAAGUGUUUCUCCCGCAGUCCCCCUCCGGCCGAGCUGAUUGGCAGGUGUAUUCUCAGUCAAGCACCUUGGGCGUGAGGUGGGUCGGGCCGGAGGCCGUAGGGAGCCAGGGCGACGGGGACGUCAGCAUUCACCUUCUGCAGCAGGACCUGUGGGCCAAGUUCCACAGUCUCGGAACGGAAAUGAUAAUCACGAAAAAUGGAAGGCGCAUGUUCCCUGUGGUGAAAGUGUGCCUCCGCGGCCUGGACCCCGAGAAGAAUUACAUGGUGUACAUGGACAUGGCGGCUGUGGACACGCGCCGCUACAGAUACGUCUAUCCCAGCUCGCGAUGGAUGGUGGCGGGAACCGGCGAGCCCCUGGGAGACCAGGCCCCUUACAUCCACCCUGACUCCCCUGCGUCGGGGGUCCAGUGGAUGGCGUCGCCCACGGUGGCCUUCGACAGACUCAAGCUCACCAACAACAAGACAAGAGAAUCCAGGGGGCAGAUCAUCCUGCACUCCAUGCAGAAGUACCAGCCGAGGAUCUGGGUGCAGGAGGUUCCCGCCGGAAGCACCUGGGCUGACCUGCCGCGCCUCGUCGACCGCCAGAGAGCCCGCAGCGCAGUCUUCCAGGAAACCGUUUUCAUAACCGUUACUGCGUACCAGAAUCAGCAGAUAACCCGACUGAAAAUAGACAGCAACCCUUUCGCCAAAGGUUUCCGCGACACAACGAAACAGAAAGACCUCCUGGACCGCCGCGCCACCGCGUCAGGCACCCGCUCCCCCGACCCCCCCUCGCUCCCCCCGGCGUCUCCCCUCCUGCUGGGGUUCCCCUUCCCCCCCCACCUCCACUACCCUCCCCGUAUCCCGGGUCUGCCGCCCCAGUACGCCCUCGGCGGCCCGCUCUCGCCGCCCAUCUCGCCGCUGCUCCUGCCGCCGCACCCGUGGCUGCACGCGGCGGACCCCGUCGACGCCGGCCCCGGGGGCGACGGAGGGGGGCGCCCCCUGGCUCCCUGGGGGGUCGCUGAGCUCGGCAGAGCCGCGUCCUCCCCUUUUCUGCCUGCUGCUGCUGUCAGCGCCCCGCCGGGCCACCCGUUCUUCCUUUCGCCGCUGCUGAGCACAGGGGCCGGGCCGCUGCCCCCCGCCCUCGACCUGUCCAAGAGGAAAGGUGACACUUGAGUCCUCUCGGCCGAGGGUCUCUCGCGCACUCCCAGCACAAGCAGCCUCGGCCGGGACUCGCCCGGAGGAGGCGCUGCACCUCACGCAAGGACACACCCGAGACAUCUGCCUUGACCCUCAGGAUGCGGGCGCCCCUCUGCACGUCCUCAGGGUCUGUCAUCACUGAACUUUGCCCACGACGGUCGACUCGGGAAAAAGCUGCAGGUUAUAUCUACCUCAGAACACCCUCUGCCGCUCUCUGUUCGUCUGUCUCUUCUCUUCUUCUCUCUUCUCUUCUCUCCCCCUCUCUCUAUUUUGCUGAAAUUAUCCAUCCAUCCAUCCAUCCAUCCAUCUCUAUCUUUCUCCCUCCCUCUCCCUCUUUCUCUUCAACCUACGGCCCCGUUUAUAAAACACGCAAGAGUAUUCCCUAACAUCAACUCGAGUGCCACUGAAGCACCAGAUUAAACCAAUCCAAAGAAAUUAUCAUCAGAAGCAACGUAUCACAGCAUGAUAAUCCCUUUCCAAGUGGUGCACUUAAAUCAUUCGCUCUCGACGAUGUGAUAACCAUCCCCCCCUUCGCCCUUCCCCCUCCGUGGCCCAAUACACCGAGCUGAUAA